GGACUCACUCUGGCCAUGGAGGAGGCCCAGGAGAGAAAGGUCGGAUUUGGAAUGGGAAGGGGAGUUGAAAUGCUGAGCCACCGGGAGAUCUGGUUGGUUAAUGCGAACUGGUGCGGCCGGCUGCAGCUUUUAAAGAUGGUUCAGUGCCUGACAUACCGUCGCAGGUUAUCCUACAACACCACGUCCAACAAGAAAAGGCUCUCCCGGACACCUGGAAACCACAUUGUGUUCCUGUACACCAAGAAAGUUGGCAAAGCACCAAAGUCCGCAUGUGGGAUCUGCCCUGGAAGACUCCGUGGUAUUCGGGCUGUUCGACCCAAGGUCCUCAUGAGAUUGUCAAAGACCAAGAAGCAUGUUAGUAGAGCCUACGGCGGUUCAAUGUGUGCCAAGUGUGUACGUGACAGGAUUAAGCGUGCAUUCCUUAUUGAGGAACAGAAGAUAGUGGUGAAGGUACUGAAGGCACAGGCACAGAGCCAGAAGGCAAAGUGAUUUUGUAUGCAC